GGAACCUUGGCGUGAUGACGCUUGUUUCCGGCGGGAUUUUUAGAGUGACGAACAGUUUUGGUCCAAGCGACCAUGAGAGGGCCAGAGCUCGGGCCCCAAAGUAGCAUGGAGGGGGACGUACUGGACACCCUGGAGGCCCUCGGGUAUAAGGGUCCAUUGUUAGAGGAACAGGCACUCUCCAAGGCAGCAGAGGGUGGACUGUCUUCGCCUGAGUUUUCGGAGCUCUGCGUUUGGUUAGGCUCUCAAAUAAAGUCCUUAUGCAACUUGGAAGAAAGCAUCACUUCUACCGGGAGAGAUGACCUAGAGAGCUUCCAGCUUGAGAUAAGUGGAUUUUUAAAAGAGAUGUCCUGUCCAUACUCGGUACUCGUAUCAGGAGAUAUUAAAGACCGCCUCACGAAGAAGGACGACUGCUUGAAACUUCUGUUGUUUUUAAGUACAGAACUUCAAGCUUUACAAAUAUUGCAGAAGAAGAAACAUAAAAAUUCUCAGUUAGAUAAAAACAGUGAAAUUUUCCAGGAAGUUCAAGCUGUGUGUGAUGCCCUUGGGGUCCCCAAGUCAAACACUUCUGACAUUCCACUUCUACUGAGCCAAGUGGAAUCAAAGGUGAAGGAUAUUCUCUCUAAAGUCCAGAAAAAUCAUGUGGGAAAACCACUGCUGAAGGUUGAUUUAAGUUCAGAACAGGCAGAAAAACUGGAAAGAAUUAAUGAUGCUCUUUCCUGUGAAUAUGAAUGCCGCCGGCGGAUGUUAAUGAAACGAUUGGAUGUGACUGUGCAGUCAUUUGGGUGGUCUGAUAGAGCUAAGGCAAAAACAGAUAAUAUAGCAAGAAUUUACCAGCCCAAGCGGUAUGCCUUGUCACCCAAGACAACAGUCACAUUGGCACAUCUGCUGGCUGCCCGUGAGGAUCUGUCUAAGAUUAUCAGGACAAGCAGUGGCAUCAGCCGGGAGAAGACGGCAUGUGCCAUUAAUAAGGUGCUUAUGGGCAGGGUGC